UAGGUUUUGUGGCGUUUCGUGUAGGUUUCAGUGGCAAACGACUGUAGGUUUUGGUGGCAAAACCAAAGAGGAACCAAGGGUGACAAUUCAGGUUUGUUGCCAGAAAACUUAGGUAUCAGAAGCAAGCAGACUCCCAAAAGCAUGCAAGAAAACUACCAACCAAAACCAGCAAAUCAGGUUUGCUUUCAGCAAAUUUAAACCUCUGUUCUAGAACACAUAAGUCUAUGCUAAUGACCCAGCCAUCAGGAAGAACUUUAUCAUCCUUCAGGAUAUGCUUGAUGUUCCCACUGUAUCAUGCUCCCAGAACCAUCCUAUUCAGGUUCACUUCAAAACAAGAUGAGUGCAAAAAGAAAGAGCUACUCCAUUGAGUAAAAAAAAGGGAUCGUGGAAAACUCCCAGGGAAAGAAUCUAACAGCUUUUUGCAAGGCGCAUAAGCUGGAUCUCCGCAUGGUAUGAAAAUGGCGUGCAGAGUAUGACAACCUCAGUCACAAGAUGGAUGAGGGACAUGCUAAGAAGCGCAAGUGUGGAUCAGGUCGGCAACCAUUAUUUACUGAGAUGGAAGACAUGAUCUGUGAAUGGAUUGCUGACAGGAGAGCAAAGGCUUUGGUUGUGCUUAGGGCUGAUAUUCAAGCAUUUGCUCUUGCAAUGGCACCUCACAUACCGGUAGAAUUAGGCCCAGCCAAUUUCAAAGCAUCACAGCACUGGCUGGAUGGCUUCCUUCGGCGAUAUGAUCUGUCUCUAAGAAGAUCCACAACACUGUUCAAGCUGGUUGACACUGAAAUUAUUAAACGUGCAUUAGCAUUUAAGUCUUUUGUUGACAACAUAGACUUUACUAAAUACAAACUCUCCAACAUGAUUGCUAUGGAUGAAACUGCAGUGUAUAUGGGUCAAGGAUCUCAAUUGACAAUUGAUCAGAGGGGCGCCUCGUCAAUCUACAUUCCCUCCACUGGUUACGAAAGUGCACGGGUGUCCUGUAUUUUGGCAAUUCGUCUGGAUGGAAAGAAGGUCCCACCUCUUAUCAUCACUAUGGGCAAGAAAGAGAAGACUGACUGUGUUUCAGGUAUUUAUGUUCUUGAAACCGAGAAGGCAUGGUGCACUCAAGCCGUUAUAAGAAAGUGGGCAGAUUUAAUGUUUCCACGUGUUUUGCAAGGUGCCCAAAGAGGUCUGCUAGUCUGAGAUUCUGCUAGCACUCACCGCGCUAAAGACAUGAAGAACUUCCUUAAAGAGAGAAAAAUAGAUCAGAUAAUGAUUCCUGCAGGAAUGACAGCCUAUCUCCAGACACUUGACAUUGCAAUAAACAAGCCAUUCAAGGACCAUUUGCGAAUAGAAGUCAGUGAUUACAUUGAAAACAGAAUGGAUAGAAAUCAGCGGGGGAACUUUGUGAAGCCUAAGCUGCAAGAGGUGGUGACUUGGGUGAAGAAUUCAUGGGAUCAAAUCACUGAAAGCUGUGUUGCCAAUGCACUACAAGCAGGCUUCCUGGACAAGAAGUGUUCAUUUAAGGAGAGCAGUAUUGCUACACAUGAGAGAUUGGGGCCAUUAAUUCUAAAGGAAUUAGAGUCAAAAGAAAUCCAGGAAGGAAUUGCAGGUUCAGAUAUGGAGACUUAUGAUGAUAUUCUAGAAGAAGAUGACAUGAUUGUAUUUGAAUAAAUGUAGAAGCAGUUAACAUACGGUAGUUUGUAGAACAUGAAUACCGUACAUGUUGAUUUGAUUGUUGA